CAGCCACGAGCCCCCCCCCACCCCACCCCACCGGGGGCGCCUGACCCCGAGGCCCACCCACGCCAGGCCCCCCACGUGUGGGCAGCGCUGCCCGGCAGCCUUGACCCCGCGCUGAGCCGCUCCAUGCCCCCCCCACACGUGGGUCAGAUGCUGCUUUCCACAGUGUCCCGGGGGGGUGGCUGGUCCUCGACCCGCUCCCUCCGGCACUGACACCCCAAAGAUCUCAGCCUGGUUCCUGCCCUCACGCCGGGCCCAGAGGCUUCACUUUUAGAGCUUUCUCUGGUUUCUUGUGCGUUACGUUCUCUACAAAUUAUAUUUUCUCACUUAAAACAAGCAGCCAUGAACGAGCUCUGGGUAGUUCUUGUGUCCAGCAGAAAAUGUGGAGUGUAAAGAGCCGGUUUCUUGUCGCCUUACUUCCAGUGACCCCCCAGUUCUCCCCCUGUCAAGGGAUGCGAGCUGCCUGCCGUGUCCGAUGGCCACCAAAUCAAUUGGGAAACUCCAGCGCUGGGAAUCCGGAGCGACACAAAAUUUGGGAGUAUAAAUACAGGAACACCUUGCUGCAACGCGCUGGGGGUUUCACAACCCGCUUCGCCCUUGCGCGGUGGCUCUGCCAGCUGUGACACCGGGGAAAAUCAACCCCCAGCUUUACCUGCAGCUCCACCAAAUUGUAGUCUGGUAGAGGAGUAGGCAACAGCCUAAAAGAAAUUCUCAUUUUUUUUGUGUUUGAGAAACGCAAUCUUGCCGUCAAGGGCAGUGCUGGGAGCUCAGCUGCUGGUUUUCCUCCCCCGGCUGCUCCUGGGCGUCCCGCUCGGUGCGCGGGGGUAGAAGUUGGAGGGGUUCAGCAGCGGCGGCUCUUCUCCAUCCUCCACCAGUGGGAAUCGCGGCCGGGCUGGGUGCAGGGAAGGAGCUGAAGUUGCACCACGAUUGUCCUGCUGUGAGCUGGGGCUGGGCUCUAACCCUGCCCUAACCCUCGCUCAGUUAUUUCCGAGAGGUUUUAUCCUCCCAACAAACCAAUCCGCUCGCCGUGCCAGCUGGCUUUCCUGCUCCUGUGCUGCUUCUGCUUGGGGUCAGCUUGCACAUCAAGCGUGGCUGGGUCCGGGUGGACGGCAGAAGCUGUGUAGGAGGAGAGGGCUGUCCCAACACCAGCCCUGGGACCCACCGUCCCAUCAAAGCCCUCAUUUCCCCGGGACGGAGGGUGACUGGCACAGCACUCGUGCUUGGAAAAUGACUGGCUCCGCGUCCAGGCCUUGAGUCACCGGUUCACGCCGUCGUCGUGGGCUGUUGUUUUCCAUUUGCAAAGCACGAGCGGUGACCUGCUGUUUAUUUAUAACUCGGAGAGCGUCGCUUGUUGGGAGACCAAAGAGCCGAGCUCUGGGACGGGGUCUCUGCCUCUCCUGGCACAAGGCUUGGUUUGAACAAGCCGUUCCUAAAGAAUUUGGCUGUUUUGCAGCAGUUUGGUAAAUAAACAGCUCUGCUCUCGCACCACCGGCGACUCUCUUCCUCGGUAGGUUUAACCGCACCGGCUUGCUGGCUGAUUUAUUUCUCACUUGUUUUAUUUUCUUUGUUUUACUCAAGCUGUUGUGCUCUGCUUGCGUAGCCUCCGGGGUGGUGACUGCUGGGAAACAAUGUGGGUUUUUUUUCUGCUAUAGAUGUGCUUGGCUCUGUGUUUGCACAUCCAUCCCAUCUCUUAUCCUUUCAAGAUCACAAGGAACAGCCGUGGCUUUCCAGGAUUUGCCUGGAAGUGCUCUGGAGCCCUCUGGUUCCUUCUAGAGCCGGCCAGUCCGGCGCCGGGGCUGCUGGCCCGAUUUCCCCAUGUUUCACCACAGACUUGUGUCAGGUGAAAUCCACCUCAGAGCUGGUUCAUUGCACUCGUUAUUCAGGAAAAUGCUGUCCCAACAGAAGCGGUGCCGUGUGGAUUCAUGAUGCUGGAACAAACUGGUUGGACUGGUCGCGGUGGGAGUGGAGAGUCCCGUGAUGGAGGUGGCGGGUGUCCUCCUCGGCGUCUUGCCUCCUGCAGACGCUGGGAAAGGUGAUGCCGACAAAGGAGCGUGUGUGUUGGGGGAAUACCACUCGCUCAGUAAAAUCUGGAUGAGGUCUUUGCAAAAACACCGCUGCAGUGCCCUCCUCUGCGAGCACCCAGGGACGCCGGGGUGGCCGGCGCCGAGAGCACAGACGGCGGGUGCAGUUCUGGAGCUGAAACACCUGCACUGCUUCUCUGGGCAUGAGAAAUGCCCACAGCUUCCUCCUCGCACCCUUGGCUCUCCCACCCCCAGCUCUUGCACCCUGAAUGUGUCUUGGGUGGGAUGUGUCGCUCGUUUGCGGGGUGUAUGGAGAAGGUGGUAGGGAAAGGUUCAGGGGCUGCCCGGCCCCGAGGAGCCUCAACCUCCCAUGCGGAGGACAGAGAUGGAGGUGGCUCUCUGUGGUCCUCAUCAACUGCUGCUGGCCCUUAGGUGUCCCCUUGCUCCCCCUAAAAAACCCCAGCAGCACCUCAAGCCUCUGAGCCAGAGGUUAAUGUUCCUGUAAUCACUGUGCUCCCCCAUUUCUGUGUUGCAACCCAAAGAGAGGAAAUCUUAUGACAAGUCAUGGCGAAAACAGUUUCCUUUUCUAUGAAAUUGUUUGUGAACUCUGGAAACACUGAGGAUUGAUCCAGAGUUUGUCCCCAAAGGGCUUUUGACCCGCUGCUCUGGGCAGGACUGGCUGAUGCGGUACGUGCAUGGGGUGCUCUGGAUUCGGACUGCUCUGGGUUUAGGCUGCUCCAGAUUUGGGCUGCUCUGGAUCUGGACCACUGCUGCCUUUGGGACUGGCCAUGACCAUGUAGGAGCUGGUCUGCAAACCGUGUUUCUGCACUGGUUUGAUGGCUCACGGUGCAGAGAGAGGGGCAGGUCGAGGCCAUCAGGUCAGCUUGGGGAAAGCCCUGGGGUCUUUGUGUUGCCUUGAAAAUAAAAUCUGAAGUAUUGAUGCAAUACCAAGACGGUUGUCUGCUGUGGGCAUACCCAAACCACACAGUCAGCUGCUGGGCUCUCCUCCAUUUGGAUGGCGAGGGCUUCCAACUCAAGGGAAUAAAUUUCUUCUCCAAUUUAUCACAUCCUUAGAAAGGUUUACAGCAGUAGCUGGUGCUGGAGCAGCUCUCAGACCCUUCUCAGUGCCAGGACACGCUGUGUUUGAGCAGGGAUGCAGCCGUGCGACAGGCGUCUCGCUGACAGCCGCAUGCUUUGCUCACAGAGCCUCCAGGCACAGCUGGUUUUCAGCAGACGGCUCUGAAGAACAGGACAGGAGGCCAGAAGUCAGAAGUCAAAGGUCCCUUGUCUGCAAACACCCUGCAGUUGCAGAUGACCCCAGCGAGGCUGCUUGGCUCUGGUUUUCCCGGGGUUUCCCGUAGCGGUAGAACAUUGAUUUUUCUCCCUCUCCUACCAAAUUCAGCUGCAGCAGAGCAGCCCUGCCAUCUGCACCCCCAGGAGCAGGGACAUUCUGGGGUUCAUCUGCCUCUGAACGGAGCAACUGGAAACCUGAUGGAGAAGCUGCUUUAUUCCUUCCCAUCUUCCCAGACAGCUCUGUGCCAUCGGGGCGAGUGCCCGGGCACCUCCCAGAGGGUCUGUCCCAGCUGGGUUUGGCAGCAGCGUCGCUCCUCCAGCACGUACCGGCGAGAUGAGCUGCCGUCACCUCUGCCCAGGGUCUGCUGGGGGGUGACACCCCUCUGUCUGGGCCACCUUAAUGCUGUUCACAUGGUGUUUAAGUGUCAUCGUUCAAGCUCACUCUUGCUAAAUGCCUGUCUUGAUGCCCUCACUGGCGCCUGGGCACUGCAGGUGGUGUAGAACCAGAAGGGAAGCAAUCCCUGGCCCUGCGUGCAUCGCUGCUGGUUUGACCGGCCCGGCGUCCCACUCAGGUUUAGGGCUGCCUGCAGGCAACUUGCAAGGGUUAAUUACCCCUUCUUGCAAGGGUUAAUUACUCCCUCUCGGUCUCUUGGCCGUGCUCUGUUUUGCCUGAAACUCUCCUGGUCCCUGGGGAGCGUGGUGUGUUUCGAUACGGUCGUAUGUCAGUCCCAGCUUGAGUCCCGCGGCGGUCUGGCCGUGAGCGCUUGCACAAUGCCUCAGUGCAUGAUCCGUGCCUCCUGCCUGACACCGGGUGCCCUUUGCGUGGCAGGUGAGUUAGAUGUAAACCCAGUGGGUGCUCAGACAUGCUCCUCCUCCCUGUCCCAAAGGUGACAUGUGAAGGCAGCGCCCGGCGCAGGGAGCGGCAGCAGCUGAGAUGCAUUCGAGCCACGCCGAUGACCCCAAGGAAGCCAUACAGCUGAUCAAGAAGCAACUGGUGAACGCCAUCAAGGCGUUGCAGAAGCAGUACGUGACUUCGGAUGCCGUUGUAACCAGCGACGAUGGGAACGCGAACACCCUCUGCAGCGCCCUGGAAGCUGUCUUUGUGCACGGGCUGAAGGCGAAGCAUAUAAAAGCAGAGAGUGGGGGGAAAGGGAAGAAAUCAGGGGGUCGGGGACCCCUUCCCCAGCCAGUUUUCUGGGGUCUGCUGAAGAGCAUCACCCAUCGAAAUAUUGUCUCGGAGCUGGAACAACUCAUCUUUAUCAACACGGACGUUGGCCGCUGCCGAGCCUGGCUGAGGCUGGCUUUGAACGAUGGCCUCGUGGAGUGUUACCUGAAGCUGCUGCUGCGGGAGAGGUCCCGGCUGCCCGAAUACUACCAGGCAACCGCUCUGCUCUUGGAUGCCGAAGAGUGUGAGUUUCUCCUUAGCUACUUGCAGGGCUUAUCGUCCUUAACCUUCGAGCUGUCCUAUAAAUCGGCGGUUUUGAAUGAGUGGACUGUCACCCCUCUGUCCCUGUCCGGUCUGUGUCCUGUUUCGGAGCUGCUGGAGCCCCUCACAUCCUCAACAUCAGAACCCCACAGAAAAGCAUCGCUGGGCUCAAUCUCCCAAUCAUCAGGGUCAGACGAGAUCGAGAUUCAACCCUCUGUCCUCCCCAUCAGCAAAGCCAGCAGCAAAAUCAAGCUCACGUCGUCCUCGUUGAGCCUUAACACCACGAGCUCGUCCCAGCUCUCCUCCAGCCUGGGCUCCGACAGCAUCCCCGCUCCCUGCGCCCGCAGUCCCGAGCGGAGCGAGGAGCCGCUCUCCUGCGACUCCGACCUGGGGACGGCCACCGCCGAGGACCUGGACAGGUCGCUGCAAGAGGUGUUAUCCGAGUUCAGCAAAGCCAAGCCAAGCCUAGAAGCCCCGGAGGGACGGCUGGUCCCCAGCGCGCUGGGCUGCUCCCCCCGGCAGCCCGCCUGCCCCCCGGCCCCGUCCCACGGAGCUCGGCACCAGCCCCCCCCUGACACGGACAGGCCGGGCUCUGCUGGGCCCAGCGCCGCGGUGACGGCCGGCGAUGGGGACGGAGGUGCAGCGCCGCGGGCCGGCGGCACGGCCGGCGUGUCGGCCGCGCGGUGUGGCGGUCCGAGCAGAGGAGAGACGGGCAGAAGCGACACGGUGGGCGGCCGCGAGGCGAGCCAGGCAGCCCCCAGCCCCACGGCAGAAUACCUCCUUUCUCCGCUGCUGGGUUGCCCGAAAAGAAAGAGCUGGAUCUCAGAAGAUGAUUUCUACAGACCUUCUCCGGGAGGCAGCGACGAAAGCACAGCCGACACCAAUGGCUUUGGGCCGGAGGGGGCUGGCGAGGGGCUGGCCCCAGGGCUCAUCAGUGCUCUUGACUUGGAAAGGCUGUCAGUGCCGUCCUCGGAGAGCGGGAAGCCCAAAAUGUCACCCGAACGGGAACAAAAGGGCUUCAGCGUUGUGCAUCGCAGGCAGAUGGGUCUUUCCAACCCUUUCCGAGGGCUCCUGAAGCUGGGCAGCCUGGAGCGGAGAGGAGCCAUGGGGAUAUGGAAGGAGUUUUCCUGCGAGCUGUCGCCGCUGGAGCUCCGGCUCUUCCUGGACCACGAGGACCGCAUCUGCGUGGAGAGCUAUUCCCUGCUGCGGUGCGAGUCGCUGGCACUGACGCACUCAGACGGCCGUUUCGAGCUGGUUUUCCUGGGGAAAAAACUCUACCUACGAGCUCCUUCUCGAGAUGAGGCCGAGGACUGGUUGGACAGGAUCCGCGAGGCGCUGCAGAAGUGCCGGCCUCAGCUGGAGGAGGAGGAGUGGGAGACGCUGGAGUAUCCAGAAGACGGUGGCGAAGGCCAGCCCAACCAGAGCGACUCCGCUGCUCUUCUCCAGUACAGCGACGUGCCUGGGAACAGCUUCGACUGGACUCCAGCUUAUGAACCGGAGCUCGAUGCAAUAAAAGAGGCUGUUCUGUAUGUGGACGUAGACAAAACCUGGGUCCCUUUUAUUUUUUCCCUGUCUCUAGAAACUUUAAAGUGCUUCAAGGUCAGGAGCAAUGACAAAAUUUUAAGCAACAGUUACGGUAUAGAGACCAUCCAGGACAUCCUUCCAGACACAAGCCUUGGGGGACCUGCGUUCUUCAAGGUGAUCACCUCCAAAGCUGUCCUGAAGCUGCAGGCGGAGAACGCGGAAGAAGCGGCCUCGUGGAGGGAGCUGGUCCGAGGGGUGCUCACGUCCUACCUGGAGAGCGCGGAGGAGGCGCUGACACUGGGGGGCGGCUUGGACGGGCACUCCCAGGUCAUCCUGAAGAACAUCGUGAAGGAAAACGGCUUCUUGUUGCAAUACCUGGUGGCCAUCCCCAUGGAGAAGGGCCUGGACUCACAGAGCUUCAUCUGUGCAGGCUGCUCCAGGCAGAUCGGCUUCUCCUUUGCCAAGCCCAAGCUCUGCGCCUUCUCCGGUCUGUACUACUGCGACAGCUGCCACCGGGACGAGGAGACGGUGAUUCCCUCGCGCCUCAUCCACAACUGGGAUCUGACAAAACGAGGGGUGUGCCGGCAGGCUUUGAAGUUCCUCACCCAGAUCCGUAACCAGCCGCUGAUCGACCUGAAGCUGGUCAACGAGAGCCUCUACGACCACGUGGAGCGGAUGGGACGGAUCCACCGGAGCAGGGAACAGCUGAAGCUGCUGGGAGAUUAUCUCAUCAUGUGCCGCAGCGGGGCCCUGAAGGAGCUGAGCAAGCGGCUUGAUCACAGGCACUACCUCUUGGAGUGUCCCCACAAAUACAGUGUCGCUGAUCUGAGGCAGAUAGCUGACGGCGUCUUCGAGACCUUCCUGCAGUCUCUGCUCCAGUUUGCCUCCCAUCACGUCUACAACUGCGACCUGUGCACCCAGCGCGGCUUCAUCUGCCAGAUCUGCAACAGCAGUGACAUCAUUUUUCCCUUCGAGUUUGACACUACCACCAGGUGCAGCGAAUGCAAAACCGUCUUCCACCGGGACUGCCAAGCCGGCGCCAAGUCGUGCCCCCGCUGCGAGCGCCGGCGGAGGUACCAGCGAAAGCUGGAGGUGGAGGCCAGCGGGGAGCCAAGCCUUUAGCAGCCGGGGACUGACCUUGACACUGCCCUUGGCUUCUCAUCCCGCCGGACCAGCGCCGAGGGGAAGGGGCCAGCGGGGGGGCGGGGGGACAGGGAAGAGACACCCCCCCAUCCCGCCCGGGAGCUGAUCCUGCGCCCAGCCCUUCCCCGGGGACGGGGAGCUGGCGGUGCUCGGUGAUGUGGCACGGGUGCUCCUGCCCCACGGAGGGACCCUCUGCCCACCCAGGGCUGAGCAAGGGGGGCUGGAAAGGUCCGUCCCCCCAUUCCCACUAACCCGGGGAUGCUCCCAGUCACCCUCCUGGUGCCAACCUGGUACAUCCCCUCCCCAUGGAAACCCAGUGGCUUUCCAGGGUGUAAAUCAGGAUUUCCAAUUAAGGGUGUGGAUAACUGACAUUGAUUAAAGCUCUAGUUUUUUAGGAUGUUCGAUACUGAAAAAACAGUAUUUUUUUACGUGGGGGUUUUGCACAAUCUGGCCUGCUCCGGGGAGGUGACAGCAGCCGCGUGGGGAGGGGGUGAGGGGACACUUGUGCCUUUAGGGACCUGCGCACCCCGGGGGGCCCGCGGGGGCCGGCCGAGCAUCUCCCGCUCAGAGAGCCCACCCAUCACCGUGGCCUCUGGGAAGAGCGGGGAGAGAAGAGCCGGGCUGCUCCUCCCCGCCUGCUGCUUUUAGUCCUUGGAAGAAAUUUUAUUUUCCUUUCACCCUUCCCCAUGCAAAAAUAAAGUUUAUUUAACGACAAGCGAA